GGAAGGAGAGGGGGAACAACAGCAACAACAACGAAGAGGAGGAGACCACCACCACCCCCCUAACCACACGGAGCCGCUGCUACCCCAGCAAUGCGGGUCGCCAUGGAGCCGGCGACACCUUCAUCGUAACACGAAAAACACCACCGCCGCUAUGUAGCACUUUACUCUUUUUAUUUUUACAAAAUUACAGUCGCAAUCGUUACCCCGAACGGUAAUCGCUGGGGCAGGACGAGACGACGGAGAGAGAGAGAGAGGAGAGGGACGGGGGGAGGAGGAGGAGGUGGUGCCAUGGACGUGGUGCUGAGCGCGGCGUCUUCGGCGACGGGAGGCGUCUCCUGACGGCGGCUCGGGCUUCGGUGUCGUCGUCGUCGUCCUCCUCCUGUCGCUACCUGCCGGGUGUCCGUCCUCGUCUUGUCUAUCAGUCUAGGCUCGGUGUCGUCCUCCUCCUCCUCCUCCUCCGCCUGUCGCUACCUGCCGGGUGUCCGUCCUCGUCUGGUCGGCAUCGCCGUGGUGUCUGUGCUGGAGCGGCGUCCCGUCGUCUAUCAGGCGGUCACGAACGAUAAGGAGACACGGAUUUCUUCGUGGGACACAUCGCAGCGACACGCCAAGCCUGCUGCACCCAUCAGUUUUUCUGGGUUGCUUAUUCGACCUGGAUUAAUCAAGUGGUACAAAUCCUAUGCAAAACAGCGGUGCGUCCUGCACAAAUCCAAUCCGGGUUCCCUGCCGAUAACCGUUGUUGUGGAACACAGUGGACGCUCACGUACGCUGCGAACAGUGACCAUGAUGAAGGCAGACGCUGCAGCGAGCGAUGUAAUGAAGGUGCAGCAGGUGACGCAGCAGGUGCAGGUGGCACCACAGCUACGCAGCGCAUCUCCGCACCGGAUCGCCUACCGAGCCGAGUUCCAGGCACUCAAGCGGACCUUCAACCACACCGAGAUGGGCAGCCGCACCCCAGCAGGUAGCAGGGUUAAUCCCUUGGUGACAGUCGGAUCUGACCGAGCCGGCAAUGAGCGGGGUCUCUCGGCCUCAUCCUUGGCCACCGGACGACGAGACCGCAAGUACGGCACCAACGUGAGCCGCAUUAAGACCAUGCUGCUGCAAGGCAGCCAACAGGGCAACGAGGAUGGUGCAGAGCAGCAGCAGGGAUCCUCCAAGAGGAGCCAGCAGCAGCCCGUGUCUGUGAAACAGAAGGCGCGCCAGUUCACGGCGCCCCCACCAUCCCCGACGCGAGGUGGAGGAGGCUCCCCGGGCUGGCGAGAGGGACGGCUGCGGGAGAAGGUCGUACGCACGGCCCCCGAGGGACAGCAGACGGAGCACGACGGUGCGGCCAGCCUGUCGGGCCGCAUCACCGAGGUGCGCAAAAUCUUCGAGCGAAGUCUUCCGCGGCAGGGCAGCGACGACACGGGCCGGCCGUCCCCCCCGACGUCUUUCUUCUCCGCCUCGUCGUCCCUGCCCCGCAAAGAGCACAAGGGCUCUAGGGACAGCGUCCUGUCAGUGGGCAGCUGCAAGGGCAGCACAGAGUCUCUCGACAGCGUUCUCACCUGCAGUCCCUGCACGGAGUCUGCGGUGUCCCCCACUGUGAGCCAAUUGGCUGCCGUCUUUGAGCCGGGCAACAGCAGCUCAGUACGUGCUGUGGAGGCCUUGGUUAAUACGAUUCCGAGACGAGAUGAAGGCCAUUCGGUGGACAGUGACAGACCUGACGUAUUUGAUAAAGCCGGGGAAUUGUCUCAUCUUUCACGGAACAGCCUAGACGAGGUCCACAGUGGCAUGGAUUCUUCUGAUAAUCCCUGUCAGAAUCACAUCUCUGUGCAGAUCUCAGACAGGCUGGUGUUUCUUCCUGGAGUAGACCAGAAUGAAGUGGAGUCACAGCAGUUUGUCCCUUCCAAAGGCCAUGCCAAUAGCAUACUUCAGGUUAUAAAACUGGAGAACGCAAUACAAAAGAGCCCUCAGCAAGUUUCCCGGAAUAUUGAAGUUAACUGUGCACCAUCAUUGAAUAUAAAUGUGGAAUCUCAUGACCAGAAUAUUGCAGUUAUUCCAGAAGGAGAUGUCUUUAAAGCAGCAUUGGUCAAGUUACAAGGUGAUGUACCAGCAAUUGAACAUGACAGUUUGACGAGCACUGCACAACAUUCUGGAAAUGAGAAAGUCUUAUUAGCUCCGCAAAAUGUAACCAAAGUGUUUUAUAGUCAAGUGGAGAAUGAAAAAUUGGCGAAUGAUGAUAUCAGCCUGAACGUCAAUGACAAUGAGACAUCAUUGGAUCACGCGAGAGGAAUAAAAGUUGCUUUUGAAGAUGAAGCUGUCAUCACUCCUAUUGGAGAUGUCAGCUGUGAGGGAAUGUGUGCAGAUUACACAGAAGCUGGAAAUUACAGGGAAAUGCAGGGGCUGUCUGAUGAAGAGACCCAACCUAAUCGCAAGAUCCGUUUCAGCACUGCACCAAUUCAGGUGUUCAGCACCUUCUCGAAUGAGGAGUAUGACCGCCGCAACGAGGAUGUGGACCCAGUGGCGGCAUCGGCCGAGUACGAGCUGGAGAAGCGUGUGGAGCGUAUGGAGCUGCUGGAUGUGGAAAUGGAGAAAGGUGACGAGGGGCUGGGGCUGAGCAUCAUCGGCAUGGGCGUGGGGGCCGAUGCGGGCCUCGAAAAGCUGGGCAUAUUCAUCAAGACCAUCACCGAGGGUGGAGCUGCACACAGGGAUGGCAGGAUUCAGGUGAACGACCAGAUCGUGGAGGUGGAUGGGAUCAGCUUGGUCGGUGUUACCCAAACGUUUGCUGCCACUGUGCUCAAAAACACGCAAGGCGUUGUGAGGUUCCGAAUUGGGCGUGAGCGGCCGGGCCAAGAGAGCGAGGUGGCGCGGCUCAUCAGCCAGACGCUGGAGCAGGAGCGGCGGCAGAGGGAGCUCUUGGAGCAGCAGUACGCCCGCUACCACGAUGACGAUGAUGACGACGAUGAUGAUGAGACGGGCGAGUAUGCAACGGACGAGGAAGACGACGGGUCGCACUUGGGACGGCUGCCCAUGGAGGUAUUCGAGCUAGCCGAGGGAGAGGACGGGGACAUGUUCUCCACCACGAACACGGAGGACAGACAGCUUGCACAUAGAUUCCAGGAGCUGAGAAUAAAGCAUGCUGUGACUGAGGCCGAGAUCUUAAAAUUGAAGAAGGAGUUGGUCUUCAGUGAGCAGGAGAGGCAGCGCUGGGGGCUGGAACGGCUCCAGCUGCAGCAGAGCAUGGAGGAGAAUGCUGAGCGCAUGAGCAAGCUGGAGGGAUACUGGCUGGAGGCGCAGACGCUGUGUCAGAGUGUCAACGAGCACCUCAAAGAGAGCCAAGCCCAACACCAGGCCCUGGAGAAGAAAUAUAACAAAGCCAAGAAGUUGAUAAAGGAUUAUCAGCAAAAAGAGUCGGACCUGCUCAAGCGUGAAGAGGCUCAGGCGAAAAAGCUCACUGAGGUGGAACAAGGCUACGUGAAGAAAGUGGAGACACUUCAGAACAGAAUACUAGAGCUGGAGCGGGAGCUGAUGAGGCGCGGCUCCAGCGACUCCGGGCUGUUGCUGCUGGGGCUCGACGGGUCAUCAGGGAGCACGGAGGCCAUGGAGCUGUGUCGUGAGCAUUCCGUGGCAGCGUGGUCCGGGCCCUCCUCCGGAGAAAGCUCAGCAGCAGGACCUGGGGUUGCCGCACCCUUGACAGCACAAGGGGGCAUCACGGCCAGUGGUGAUGAUGCCUCUGAAGGCACUCCUGCGGAGAGCUCCUUGGAGGACAAGCGCAAAAGUGUGAGCGAUGAUCUGGAAGAUGUGUUUGAUUUCUCAGAAGUGAUUCCUGAAACAGAGCGCCUGGACUCGAGCGCGCAGAAGGCGCGCGCACAGCUGGGUGGCUGUGCACGUCGCCAGCGCCCAUCCUGGUCCCACAUCCGCGAUAGCCUGGGCUCUACUGACGGGGAGGACACCUUCGAGUCCACCCAGGGCAGGGAGGAGGAAUGCAGCUCACGGCGAGUGACUUUGAAAUCCACUUCGUCCCUGGGCGGGUCCUCCUCUCCGGGCCCUGUGCGGAGCGAACGAAUCCCGGGCAGGAGCCGCAGUCCAUCCUUGGCCACGUCUUCAUCGCCCUCGUGCUCGCCCCGCACUCCGCCACGUGGACACCGCAUUAGGGACAGGCCAUUGCCAGGGAUGAGCGUGAGGCGAGGGAACAGCCAGUCACCAGACUUGAGCAGCUCCUCCCCAUCUUUAUCAGGCAAUCGCCCUCCUGGCGACAAAGUGAGUGCUGCUCUGCAACGCUCCACCAGGAGAGACAAGAAAGUGGAAGAUGAAUCCAACAAUGUGCUGGCACAAGAUCAGGCUGCUCAGGUGUCGUUUGUGAUCGGAGAGUCAGACGUGGAUGGGAGAGAGGUAACGCUUGGAGCAAGGGUCAUGGAGGGUCACUCUUUCACCACGCCGGAGAGCUCAGUGGAGCCCAGUCCCGUGAAAGCUCGAAACAAGAUAACCCUCUCCUGGCCAUCGUUUUUCAACCGCUCGUUAGAUUUGCCCAACUUGUCGUUUGGGGAUGAGGUGAGUCCAAGCAGCGCGAGUUCUAGCGAGCUCACAGGCUGGGUGGCAGAGCCGCGUUCCACGGGGCGCUCUCACACGCUCGUCUUCUCCUCCAAUGAGAGCUUGGACAUGAUUGAUGAUGAGAUCCUAGAUGAGCAGAGCUCCCCCAGCCGGCGUGGCGGCGGGGGCAGUGCCACCGGGGCCGAGUCUCCAUCGCCGGAGCUGUGGCCCGUGGAGCGCGUCGCUGCCUGGCUCCGGGCUCUUGGCCUGGAGCAGCACGUGCCCGAGUUCACGGCGCGCGGAGUCGACGGGCGGCAGCUGCUGCAGGUCGACAGCUCCAAGCUCAAGGCACUGGGAGUAAACAGCUUCAGCGAGCGAGGGCUCCUCAAGAAGAAGGUGAAGGAGAUGAGGGCCAUGCUGGAGAAGGAACGGAAAGUGCAGGAGAAGCAGCGGCGUCAGCGGGAGAAGGUGCAGCGCAAGGAACUGGAGCAGAGGCGCAGAGCAGGGCAGCAGCAGGGACCCAAGGAAGGGGGAGGCACAGAGACCACGGCCUGAACACAGUAUCUCCUUUACAGUGACCUCAGUCCUGCCUGUUCAUUUCCUAUCGGGUCGCUGAAAGCCAGCGUCUUACUACAUAUGCAUCUAUAAUUGGAGGCUGCUCGAGCAACUAGAGGAAAUACCGCAAAGCUUCCAUGAUUCUUACAGUGUUUAUAUAGGGUUUGAAUGACCCAUUGAUUCUCAGUUUUUUAUUGUCUGGGUUUAUGCAUAGCCUUUUGAAAAAUAUUUGCGGCUAUACAUUUUAAUAAAAUUCAGCAUUUUUGUACAAGGUAUUGGCAUUUGCUCUAAAAUGUUGGCAUCAACAGGGAAGCCAGAUGUACAUUAUGUGGUCCAUUAAUGGAUCAGCUUCAUGUGUCCAGCUGUGCCGAUAUUUGUCUUAUAACCAAAAUCCACCCGCCCCCCCCCCCACCCUGUUCAGACACGCAGUCUGCAUAUUGGGACUAUAGCACAGACCCAGCAUAGUCCAAUGGAGGUCUUUGCCAGGCAAAAUGUGUAUUUAGUGUUUGGGAACAAAAAUAUCUGAGUCAGUGCAUGCUAAUGCUGGAACAAAAGAAAUGUAUGCAGACCUAAAACUGUGGAAACGUUGGUAGCACAAAUGAACAAAGUUAUGUAAAUAAUAUUAUGCAAUUACUUUUAUUGUGCUGUCUUGUAAAUUUGUUUGAAAUAGAGUUUACAUGUGCUUUGCUGUAUCCUUGCACUUAUGAAAUUAGAUUACUGUGAAAAUAUGAGAAUAGGGUUUCUUUACCCUAAAGGAAGGCAGCCCCAUUAUAGACUUCCAGAAAGACAUGAAGGUGGUGACUCCUUCACUUUCUAUAUUGGCCCACUGAAUGCACAUCUGUGAUCCAUAAUACAGUUUUUUUUUGGGUUAGAUUGCGUAAAUAUAUAAAUGUGUCAUUGAAUCCGCCACCACCCGGCACAGCCAAUUAGUUAGGUUUGUCCCGUAAACAGAACAUGACAAUUCGUUACUAGUACAGCACACCGGUGUGUUGGAGAGCAAAGCCACAACAUUUACAAUCUAAGUACGACGUUUCGCCAGUAAUUACAACUACCUUCAUCAGGCGACAGACAGAUUGUAAAUGUGGCUUUGCUGUGCAACACACCGGUGUGCUGUACUAGUAACGAAUUGUCAUGUUCUGUUUACGUGACAAACCUAACUAAUUGGCUGUGCCGGGUGGUGGCGGGUUUAACGACAUAUUUAUAUAUUUACGCAAUCUAACUAAAAAAAAACUAUAUUAUGGAUAUUGGUCACGAAAGCCUACGUGUUAAACGCACAUCUGUGAUUUUGGAGCUUUGAGACGUUGCAACAGUACGUGAUCAAAGGAUUUUCUCGAUACAUUUCCAAGUAUGAGGCAGUCUGCAAUGCACUCUUUUCUUAAUGCUAUAGUCUUGCUACGAAACGAGCUAAUAUAUUUUACAACUAGUCUUUAAAACACCAUUUCAAAGUCACGUUGCAUUUGCUGAAACUGAUGGAACCAGCACAACCGCUGCAGAUUCAUUAUUGUCAUUGCUCUGUAGGCAGUUGAUCCGUCUUGUUUAUUUCUGAUGUCUGUCAUCCCUGAAUUUAAAACAAGGUAUGAAAAUACCAACAUUUCCUAUGAAGGCAUUUAAAUGAAAUUAAAUAUAGAUCCAACAAAAUUAGCACUGGAAAUGUUUGUCUCUGCUAUGUAUGCUUUGGCUGUUUAUUGUAACAGAGUGCUCUGCACAUUUUCCUUCGAAACUUUCCACCUAGCAGGAUACAUGGGGCCAAUGAUGGCCAACCCUGGCCUUACUUUGGGAAAAACUGUAAUCUCGAUUAGUACUGACGUGAUUGAUGAGGAUCAGUCGUUGACAGCAAACCUUGGCACUCCUACCAGUCUCUGUUUACGAAUUCGUUUUUACACCUGUCUCUAAGUUACCAUGAAAAGAAUAUCUAUACCUGAGCAUUGUGAAAUUAUUUUACUACAAGAAACCAGAUUUUUCACUGCGUUAUCUUCAGCCAAUAUGUAUUCAUUGCUGGACGAAGGCCUCACCAAGCCAUUGGCAUCUCACGGUCUGGUGAUGCACAAGAACUGAUUUAAUCAGCCCAUCUCCCUUGUGUAACGUACUUUCGGCCGUGUUACCACCUUUGGCUGCCACUCUGCCAUUAGUCUUGACCACCGGUUAUAUGGGAAUAUACUGGAAAAUUGAUCUUCCUCUGGACGCAUUCGGCAUAUCGAGCACUUUACACAUGUUCACCUCUGUACCUGAAUGCAUGCAAUGAUUGCGUAGCACUAGAAUAUUCUUAAAUAACAAAAUAUUACAAGACGCAUUUUUAUCUAACCCACUCCAGCAAAUGUGUUGUGUUGGAAAUGUAAAAAAACAAAACCCAUGCAUUUUGGGCAGAUUUGAGGAACCAUUUUUUUUCUUGUCAGUUCUGCAAUGGGUAUAAAAUGACAGUGUUUUAAGUAGUAUUACUGAAAAACCUUCAAAUGUCAAGUAUAUAUAAAAUACAGUAUUGCACAUGAUGACUGUGUUGUUCCAAUUAAAUUUAAGUGUACUUUCUGGUUAAACACUUGUGUUUGAAAUUCAGACCUAAUACUGCAUCAGUAUUCCAAAUGAAUCCAACUGUUUGUCACAACUUGUCAUCUCCAUUGUGAAUGUCAGAAAUAUUUAACCGUAAUUUUGGGGGAGUUUUAUUUAUCCCAACUGUGUUGUCGGCGUCAUGUCUGUAACUCUUGCAGAACAGUUACAUCACAUGCAUUCAAAGAAGGCCCAUGGGACAAAAUAUUACAAAAUUACUUCUGAGGUCCCUGUAAAGUGACCUGUUAUUUUGUCUUGUAGCACACUAACGGGCAACACUUUAUAACCCUCUGUGCUAUUGGAUUGCUCACCUCAUGAUAUUCCAGCUGUCAUUUUUAGAGAAUCUAGCCAAAUUAAAUGUAGAAUUAAUAUGAUGUUACGGUGUUAUUCUUCAGUCAGUUGUGACUGGACUAAAAUCUUCAAUCUCUAUACCUAACAAUCCAAUUUAAUUAAGGGCAGUCGCCCAGAUUCGAACCAGGACUUCAUUGGAGCAAGAUUCAUCGCUCAGACCUCUGAGCCACCUGGCUACCUUAGAGAGUGUGAUUUUGGACAACCUAAAGGCAUUUAGGACUGACAAUUUAGCUGGCUGUGGAAAUAUGUAUUAAACAACCACACAUGACAAAUUGGUGCUAGAUAACACAAUAGAUGGUUCUGAUAAAAUCACCUAAAACGCUUAAAAUAAUAGUGAAACACCAAUUCUAAUGAAAACUAAUUUUGCUCGACAACUUUACACUCGGCAUAGCAUGUAAGAAAUACCCCUUUUCAGCUCUGUUUAAUGUUUAACAGGCCCUAAAUAUUACUUUCCCCAAAGCUAUUUGCUUGGGAUUUCAUUAAUUCUUGUCAGUGACAAAACACAUCCGCAUAAGUAAGGAAAGUACAGUGUUUAAAUGUUAGAGGGAUAGAGGGCAUAUUAUAUAUUAAAUUAGAUUUGUGAUGGUCUGUUUUUCAAGCCUCCAGAUGGAAAAUGUGCUUAUCUGCAGUCUCAGCCAGAUUGCUCACAUGGAAAACAUCGAAACGUGAAUGUCGCUUGGCAGUACACUUUACCAAACAAACUAUGGAUAUUACCAAGUCUCAUGUCCCGCCACCCUUUUGUUUAAAGACCAGCACUACAUCUUGGUUCUUUCGGUAAAGUCACGUGACUUUACCGAAAGAACCAAGAAGAUGAAUCCCUGCAGUCACGAAAACUUUAAAUCGAAAUUUGACCAGCACUACACUACAUAGUUCUCGUUUAAAUAUUUAUGGUGUCACUUGCGCUUGUCAUUCUCAAAACAGAACGUCAAAACUGACUUUCUGUCACAGGCUCCAAUCUACAGCUUUAAAUUAUUGUUUGCAGUCAGAUCCAUCAAAUAUAUCCCAGUAGCUUCCCUCGAGUAACGCUCACAUUGGCAAACAGCAGCUCGGGUGCUUCACCUCCGAUGAGCACGGUUGGCUACGUACGGUGCGAACGAAGUUCAACAAACAUACAUAGUCAAUUGGCAAUUUGUUAAAAGUGCAUUAGAGUGCUGAAUUGGGUUUAUAGAUGAUAUCGAUAAAGGGAUAGUGGUGGCACAGCGGUGGCACUGAACCUAGCAACCUCGGCUGCACAGCGGUCAUCAAUGGUGAUCUUGGACGCCCUCUUCCCCAAUCCGUAGUGAUGAGUGUGAGGAAGUAUGCCCAAACAAGCCCUACCACCAACAGGGCUUUGGAAGGCCUCCAUCCGGCAGUGGAUUUACAAAGGGCUCACAUUAUUAUCAUUAUCCUUGAUAAGGCCACUGAACGGAUCUCAUCAAUGAUUGCCAAUGGAAUGAGGAUACACCCCCGUUGUGAUAUCUAAUGACACUGACAAGCAUUGCACGCUUGUCAUACGAUCUGCAAAACACUGUAAUUAAAGCCCAUUCAUGAGGCGAGUGAGAGGAGACAUGACAUUAACCACACGCAUGUUUGUGUGCUCGCACGCAUUUCAACAUUUACACAAAUGAGCAAUUGUGCAUUACUACUGUCAUGUUUCCUCGCUGUAAAUGUAUACUCCUUACAAUAAAUACGGGGUCAGGCAG